AUGUGUGGAGAACUUAGUACAGGUAAACAAUGUCGUACAUCCGUGUGUGGAGAACUUAGUACAGGUAAACCAUGUCGCACAGCCAUGUGUGAAGAACUUAGUACAGGUAAACCUCGUCGCACAUCCGUGUGUGGAGAACUUAGUACAGGUAAACAAUGUCGUACAUCCGUGUGUGGAGAACUUAGUACAGGUAUACCUCGUCGCACAUCCGUGUGUGGAGAACUUAGUACAGGUAAACAAUGUCGUACAUCCGUGUGUGGAGAACUUAGUACAGGUAAACCAUGUCGCACAGCCAUGUGUGAAGAACUUAGUACAGGUAAACCUCGUCGCACAUCCGUGUGUGGAGAACUUAGUACAGGUAAACAAUGUCGUACAUCCGUGUGUGGAGAACUUAGUACAGGUAAACCUCGUCGCACAUCCGUGUGUGGAGAACUUAGUACAGGUAAACAAUGUCGUACAUCCGUGUGUGGAGAACUUAGUACAGGUAAACCAUGUCGCACAGCCAUGUGUGAAGAAUAUAGUACAGGUAAACCUCGUCGCACAUCCAUGUGUGGAGAACUUAGUACAGGUAGACCAUGUCGCACAGCCAUGUGUGAAGAACUUAGUACAGGUAAACCUCGUCGCACAUCCGUGUGUGGAGAACUUAGUACAGGUAAACAAUGUCGUACAUCCGUGUGUGGAGAACUUAGUACAGGUAAACCAUGUCGCACAGCCAUGUGUGAAGAACUUAGUACAGGUAAACCUCGUCGCACAUCCAUGUGUGGAGAACUUAGUACAGGUAAACCAUGUCGCACAGCCAUGUGUGAAGAACUUAGUACAGGUAAACCUCGUCGCACAUCCAUGUGUGGAGAACUUAGUACAGGUAAACCAUGUCGCACAGCCAUGUGUGAAGAACUUAGUACAGGUAAACCUCGUCGCACAUCCGUGUGUGGAGAACUUAGUACAGGUAAACAAUUUCGUACAUCCGUGUGUGGAGAACUUAGUACAGGUAAACCAUGUCGCACAGCCAUGUGUGAAGAACUUAGUACAGGUAAACCUCGUCGCACAUCCGUGUGUGGAGAACUUAGUACAGGUAAACAAUGUCGUACAUCCGUGUGUGGAGAACUUAGUACAGGUAAACCUCGUCGCACAUCCGUGUGUGGAGAACUUAGUACAGGUAAACAAUGUCGUACAUCCGUGUGUGGAGAACUUAGUACAGGUAAACCAUGUCGCACAGCCAUGUGUGAAGAAUAUAGUACAGGUAAACCUCGUCGCACAUCCAUGUGUGGAGAACUUAGUACAGGUAGACCAUGUCGCACAGCCAUGUGUGAAGAACUUAGUACAGGUAAACCUCGUCGCACAUCCGUGUGUGGAGAACUUAGUACAGGUAAACAAUGUCGUACAUCCGUGUGUGGAGAACUUAGUACAGGUAAACCAUGUCGCACAGCCAUGUGUGAAGAACUUAGUACAGGUAAACCUCGUCGCACAUCCAUGUGUGGAGAACUUAGUACAGGUAAACCAUGUCGCACAGCCAUGUGUGAAGAACUUAGUACAGGUAAACCUCGUCGCACAUCCAUGUGUGGAGAACUUACAUUAGUACGCCCUUCAGAUACCAUUUUCAAUACAGAAACUUUAUCGCACGAAACAACCCAUCAAACCGAAACAAUUUAA